AAACAGCUUUUGGAGUAAUUUUUCUUCACUGUUCGCUACGUCUGUAUAGUAUCAGACUGCGGCCAUAUGUAAUCUAACCCCAUUCAUUCAUUUUUAGACUCCACUUUGUUUCCUGUUGUUCGCGCUAAGCUGUGYCUUUAGAAGAGAAAGCAGCGUUUUCCGCUCUGUCGCUCAUCGAUUCGGACGUUGUCGGUGUAUGCCUCGGUGAGAGUCCGUUACAGGCUGGGUGGUGACAGCAAAAAUGAUCGAGCGACCAGAAACUGCGGUUCCCAGCAUCGCUCAGCGAAACCUGGAGGGGUAUGUGGGCUUCGCCAAUCUCCCCAACCAGGUUUACCGGAAGUCAGUGAAACGAGGAUUUGARUUCACGUUAAUGGUUGUAGGUGAGUCUGGUCUUGGUAAGUCGACUCUCAUCAACUCUCUGUUCCUGACUGACCUGUACUCCAAGGACUACCCCGGACCCUCCCAGCGUGUAAAAAAGACCGUGCAGGUCGAGCAGUCCAAAGUAUUGAUAAAGGAAGGGGGUGUCCAGCUGACUCUCACCAUCGUGGACACACCAGGCUUUGGAGAUGCAGUGGACAACAGUAACUGUUGGCAGCCUGUUAUAAAUUACAUCGACAGUAAGUGUGAGGACUUCCUGAAUGCAGAGUCGAGGGUGAACCGGAGAUCCAUGCCAGACAAUAGAGUUCACUGCUGCUUAUAUUUCAUCGCACCCUCCGGACACGGCCUGAAGCCGCUGGAUAUUGAGUUUAUGAAGAGACUCCAUGACAAAGUCAACGUCAUCCCUCUUAUUGCAAAGGCUGACACUCUGACCCCUGAGGAGUGCCAACUGUUCAAAAAACAGAUAAUGAAAGAGAUCCAGGAGCACAAAAUUAAAAUUUAUGAAUUCCCAGACACGGAGGACGAUGAGGACAACAGACUCAUUCGAAAGAUUAAGUGGAGAACGGGGAGCACUGCGACUUUACAGUUCUGCGUAACAUGCUGAUCCGGACCCACAUGCAGGAUCUCAAAGACGUCACCAACAAUGUCCACUAUGAGAAUUAUCGCAGUAAGAAACUUGCUGCCGUCACCUGUAAUGGAGUGGACACCUCCAAGACCAAGGGACAACUCACAAAGAGCCCCCUGGCUCAGAUGGAGGAGGAGCGUAGGGAGCAUGUGAUGAAGAUGAAGAAGAUGGAAGCAGAAAUGGAGCAGGUCUUUGAAAUGAAGGUUAAGGAGAAGAAGCAGAAGCUGAAAGAUUCAGAGGCUGAGCUUGAGAGACGCCAUGAGCAGAUGAAGAGGAACCUGGAGGCGCAGUACAAAGAGCUGGAGGAAAAGAGGCGAGUGUUUGAAGAGGAGAAGAACAACUGGGAGACUCAGCAACGAAUUUUGGAGCAGCAGAAACUCGACGCUUCCAAAACGAUGGAGAAGAACAAGAAGAAAGGAAAAAUCUUUUAAGAAGAGCGAAGAGCUCCUGUUUCACUUCACACAUCCCAUCUAAUGUUCAUGUGGGCAUGAGAGCGUACACCGUCAGAAAUCCUAUUCAACCAGAACACACAGACUCGUCUCUCUGCAGCGUUCACUGACUCUGUGGAAAGCUUUUUGUUUUUGUGGGGAAUGCAUGUGUUUGUGAUAUUCUAUUUUCCUAUAUUUCCUGACAAAGAGGUUAAAGUGAUUCCCUCUGAGUGAGCGGGGCAGAUAAACCCAUGGCAGGGACCAUGCAUCAUAACUUCCACACAGGUAGAUCUCCAGGUAAACUAACUGUUUAUUUUAUUGUUAAAGAUUUACCAGGUGUGCACACACUUCAACACUUACAGACCUUGGGUGUUUUGAGCAACUGUGAGGGAACUGAUCUGAAUCAGGUGGCAGCUGAGCAGGAAGAAGUCGGGUGGAUUUAAGACCUGGUCACACCACAAAACAGCUCAGAGGAAUUACGUCUCAUAAACGUCAAAUAGACAAUAAGUGUUGUUCAGCUUUCAUUAUUACCAACAUUUAAUAUCGUUUGUCAAUAAAGAGUCACUGAAAGUUAAAGGAAAACUUCUGAAUYUGUUUUUAUUAUUAUUUUUUAUGUGAAAAUCGUUAUAAGUUUGCUAAAAUUUUUACUUUUUUGCUUUUGUCAGCAACAACAAACAUAUAAUGUAAAGAAAAAAAAUGUUUAAUUUGAAAAUGUCUUGAGUUUGUCCCACUAGAAAUGUAGUAUUUUAAAACAUGCUUGUCUGGUUUGCAAAAGAUUUUAAAAUAUGUUUCUUCAUAUUACAAAUAUCAGUAAACUUUGUUUUCGCAAUUACAUAUUUAGAAUAAAAUGUCUCUUAUUAGAAAAAAGCAUAUUUGAAGAAUCACUUUUUUAAAUAAUUUCUUUUUUAAUCUUUGAACGUCUCCUUGUUGAAAACAUAUUUUAAUAUAGUUGAUAUUAGAAGUUUUUUUCCUGCAAACCAUCAAAAGAUUUAAAUGUCGUUACCUAAUGCACCUGGACUGACCGGGCCUUUAGAUGUGAUUUAGUGGCAGGUGUGUGUUUUGUGAGUACUUGAUCAGAAACAUUUUGACAAAA